UAUCUGCCGCCAUGUCUACACGGACAACAUUAACAAACGGCAUUCACUGCGCUUCCGUUGCCCAUGACACCGGAGCGAAGUUCUGACAGCUGAUUUUCAAAUCAGUUUAUAUCCACUCCGAGCCCCCAAACAAUAACUUUUGGAGUUAUUUACAGUCGGGCGUGCCUCAUAUAGCCUCCAGCUGGAGUUGCAGACAGCGCCUAGCACGGAGCGCUAGCUCUGAGCUCUGAGACAGCUGCAGGCUUUUGAGCAGCAGUGCAGUGCAGUGCAGUGCAGCGUGGGGCAGACCGAGGCAGAUCACAGCAGCGUAGCCAUGCUUACGUUGGCCAGUAAGCUGAAGAGGGACGAUGGAGGAAAGACGGGCCGUGCCUCAGGAGCCUCUGACUCCACCCACAGGGUUUCCAUCAGAGACCGCCUACUUACCAAAGAAGUUGCAGAACUUGAAGCCAAUCUCCCUAGUACAUGCAAAGCCAGUUUCCCAGAUGAGGACAAGCUGCAUCAUUUUCAGCUGGCAGUGUCUCCUGAUGAGGGUUACUACCAAAGUGGAAGGUUUCAGUUUGAAAUAGACGUCCCCGAAGCCUAUAACAUGGUGCCUCCUAAAGUGAGAUGUCUGACCAGAAUAUGGCAUCCUAACAUCACAGAGAAUGGAGAGAUCUGUUUGAGCUUAUUGAGGGAACAUUCUAUUGAUGGCACAGGCUGGGCCCCAACUAGAACAUUAAAGGACGUUGUCUGGGGAUUGAACUCCUUGUUUACUGACCUGUUGAACUUUGAUGAUCCUUUGAACAUUGAUGCAGCAGAACAUCAUCUGAGAGACAAGGAGGAUUUUCGGAAUAAGGUUCAAGAUUACAUCAAGCACUACGCCAGAUGAUAGAAGCAUCAACUACCUACAUCAGCCUGCACCAACCAACCAAACUGCUCUACCUUGCCUCUGCUUAUCUUGGCCAACUCCCUCUCACGUGUGAAUCAACAGCUGACUCUGAUUCUUCCCAAUCCCCUCCUAGGCACCACAGCCCACCAUGCCCUGCUGUUCAUCAGAUUACAAUAAACUCCACAUUGCAGGAACAAAAGAAAAAAAAUAAUGCGUUUGAGUAAAGACUUGCAUACAAAAGAAAAUAUGCUUUAAUUAUCCUAAUCGAUUGAGUGUUACGACGACCACAAUGUCUGUUCAUUGUGGCGAGAUCACUGAAUGACGCUGCCUCCCCGAGGUGUCCCUGAGUCUGUCGGAAACGAGCCAUGGCAACGACCAGCGAGGGAUGUGAUGAUUCACCGGCGCAACAAAAAAAAAAAAGAAAGACGAUCAGCUGUUAAACAUUUGAUGAAUCAAGAGAAAGAAUAUCUGUUGCUAUCAGUUCUCUGUUCCAGUGCCUGCUAUGUUUGUGUCGCUAAAGAGAAAAUGCAUGUGAGUUCACAAACAUAUACACACACACAGUGUCACAUCCUGUAGAAAAAGGUAAACGCAUACAUACACAUAUCUAUUUUUCACUCACACUCAAGCUGAGCAAAGCCUACAGGCCCACUAGACAGCAUGUGAAUGAUCACAUCGUCCCAUUCUGUUGUCUUUCUUCCUGCAUGCGUGUGCACACACACACACACACACACACAACACACACAUAUGGACUUUCUGUUUUGUGUUUUGAGCUCCAGUAGGAUGACUACUAAUACCACAGCCAAAUGUAUUGUACUGUCCCCACUUCUCUUCUCACUGUCCUUUUUUGUCUUUCCUCCACCUGUCUCUCUGUUACACACACACACACACACACACACACACAAACACAGACACACCGUCACACACACUUCCUUUUCCAAUUGAGGAUGGAGGGGUUCAUUCAUACUACAGUACAAUCAGAAAGUACAGUGACACAUUUUGUGUUUCCCUCUGCUUCUCAGUGGGUUUAUAGUGAAACAGUGACUAUGAGUCUAAACGACUGAUACAGAUUUAAUUUUACACCAAUAACAAAUAAACAGUGUUGAAAUUGUAGCUGUUUUGGUACAUAGUCCCACAGGUUUAAUGGCCUAACAUUGAUUGGAACAAGUGGCAAAUGAUAUUUAAGAUUAUGAACCUACAGAGAACAAGAAUUGCACUUGCAGACUUCCGGCACUGUUCAUGUGCUCCUCAGAUGGCGCAAGUAGGUAAUCAUUCUUCCGACUUUGGAAUGUAGGAACAACAUGGACGUUACAAGAUGUAUUUCAUUGCUCAAAGCAUUUAAACAACACGUUCGCUGUCCACUACCUGCUCAGUAUCAAACAGCAGACACGGUUUGUGACUACCUGGUGAACAUAAUGCGGCAUUUACUAGAUUAAGAUCCAGAUAUUGGUCUGUAUGUUCAGGAUCAUUGUCCUAAAAUUUAGGGAUUAGGUAUAAAAACCACCCAACAUGAAAGUGACGUGUCAGCAAGUCAGCAUUUAACCUCACAGUUAAUGUUUCAUAUCAGUCAUUGUGCUGCUGUAUGAAAUAAAACUCAUUUCACUGUCCCAACACGUUAUAACUAGAUUGUAAGCAGCUUCUCUGUCGGGUUGCUGUGGGAGAUUUCCCAAGCUAACACACUUUCUGGAAGGGCAGUACUCCAUUCUCUCUUUCUCUUUGUGUGUGAAUGGACUGUAUGUUUUCACUGUCUGAAUGUGAACCCAUUAUCAAGUGCAGAGGCAGUUACAAUAACGAGCGAGCAGGCUAGUGAGGUAGCAUGCUAAUGAGAUAGCUUAAUAAUGGCUAGCUAGCUAACAAGUGAGCGGUUUUCAAUUUUUUACCAGGUAUGUGUGGUUCUUGAUAUCCAUACAAUACAGAAGACAUUGGAGAUGUUGCCCUUGUAGCAUUGUGGAAAGUUUUGGAGGUUUGAAAGUAAACAAAUUGCUAAGUUGUUAGUCAUGUUAGCAUGCUAACUGCUGCCUUCAAAUGGAACUCAAAAGCUUGUAGUUAACAACAUUAAAAGUCUCGUAAAUUAUAUGAUUGGAGCUAUUGCGGUCAAUUCCUUAAAACAAAGCUGCCAGGCAAUAACCACAUAGACACUAGACGUGUCCAGAAGACACGGCGGUUAACCAUUUAGCAAGCCAGCUUCCAUUAAAAUCCAUUAAAAAUGAUGAGGUUAUUGGAUAUAUCGACGUUUUCCUCUAUGAUGUCACAAUUUGUGAACUUUAAGCUUUCAGAAAAUGUUAACUACUAACUAAAGUCCUGAUUCCCAUGAGAGGUGAGUUCCUAUUGACACUUCUUGUGAAAACGGUAAACACAACCACAUUUGAAGGCAGCAUACCCGUGGAUUAGCUUGCUGGUUGGAUCACUCGUUAGCUAGUUAGCUUGCAAAUAAACUUGUGUAGGUGCUGCUAUUUCACUGCCAUUGUGAAUUUUGGCCAUAAAAUGUGUGUUCAUUUUGUGUGUGUUAGAGAGAGAAAGAAACAGAGAGACUGUCACUCAGUUGGCCAGUGAGGAUGUGGUCAGCAUAUAUUAAUGUGUGUGCGUGUUGCUCGGCCCUGGCUAGCACUGUGCCUCCAGUUUGAGUCGUAUAUCUGAACAUCAACACUGUUCCCACUCCAUUCAGCUUUGUGUUCACACGUCUGCAUGAGGCAAAGUCUAUGUGAUCUGCCAGUGGUGCAUUUACUAAGGAUGUCACAAAUUUAGUUGCUGAAGAUUGAAAUUUUAUGUUGGAGGAGUGUGUGUGUAAAGGUUGAAAUUAUAUGCUUGUUGAGCGUGUGUGUGAGCGUAUGUGUGUGGGAGUUUAAAGUAUGAUGUGUUGAAAUGAUGUGACUUGUUAGCAUGCUCUGGUUCCGUCGCUCCUCUUUUUGUUUCUGUUAUUCUGGCCCAUGGUUCAGCUGCUCAAAUUGUUAUUGUUUUCUUUAAGUGAAAUUAAAUAGAACAACAGGCGACACUGGCUUCUGCUAAAAUAAAGGACCUGAUAGCAUGACAAGUACCCGGUCCAUUUAAAGCAAAUGUGAAUGUGGCCGUUGGUCCACUCAAACCGUGAAGGCUAAUUUAACUGCCUAUUAAUAUGAAGCCAUCCUGUGUAAUCACCAUGACAAUUAACAGGACAAUUAACAGGAUAUGGUAGCCCAACGUACUUAGCCUUACUAAUACUUCGACUUGUCACAUGUCCUUUAGUUUGGCGGUUAGCAGUGUUUUUUCCCCAUGAUGCUAUUGGGAAAUUUCUGCUGGGGCUGUCUCCAUGUUUGGGCCAGGGGAGAAGAUUAACAAUCUGUUCUUCUUCAAAUCCUCAACCUUUUCUUUCUCAGAUUGUAUAUCCAUUUUUUAAGAUAUAUUAAAGAGAAUAUAAAUAAAACAAA